AUGGACUUCUUUCUACCCUUUAUCGGCGUACUCGGAUCCCAGGCAUUGCUUUCAGCUCGGAAUAUCUUUGGCGCAGGGGAAGCCACCAAACCGACGCCUACGGAGAACGUCAGCACAUAUCAGGACCCGUGGAGUGAGUCAUCCAUUGAGUCUUCUGAGUGCGACAAGCCUGUCAGUGCUUCCACUACGAGCGAAAAGAAGGAUUGCACAAACGACGAUACAAGCGCGACAAAGAAGCAAAACAAGGACCCUAGAAUGACGCAUGUGGGCGCGGACGUGAGCGCAUCAAAGUCGGAUGAGAGCAAAGUGUCAACGGACAAAAACCCCCCGACUGCCAAUUCUGACGAUGAGAUGAUCCUCGAUUGUGUCACGCUCCAAUCUCACUUUGUUAUUGGCAUCACUUCUUCGCCGACCGACAACCAACUCGUUUCUGGCAGCCCUAAGAAGAGGAAGUGGGAGGAAUCGGUCGCCACAUCUCUCUUUGACGUGCUUCACAGCCCAAGCCCUAAGAAGCGUCUCAUCAGAAGGUAUUUCGGCCCUCAAAGUCGCCCUCCUUUGUGUGUGAAGAAGCGACCGCUAACUCACUUUUCUUUCAGCCCUCCUGCUACAGCCAAAGGCAUCUCUUUCAACACUCCCACCCCGCCUCGCAAGACCACCAUACCUGAAAACGUCGACGUCCAGGCCGACACCCCGACCCCAUCCAAGAUUCGACUCCGCCUUACCUCCCCCAUACAGAUGGCCGUCUACAACAGCAGAGUUGCCCGCACCCCGGGCGUGCUCGACAUGGAGUUGACCGACAAGGACAUGGAGAAGGAGAAACCCAAGGCGGAAGAGAGUAUCGAAAAAAGGCCCAAGACACAGACGCCCCGUCGUCGUAUCCGCCAGCGUACGUCGCAUAAGACCUGGGACGAGCUCAGUGUCGUUGACCAUAGGGGACUGCUGAACACCAGGGCAAACCAACGAAACUCGACCGGAACGCCUCGACGGAAACUCCAGCAGUGCAAGUGGGUGCGGUAUCGGGAACCUGAAAUUAAUGUUUUGAUGCCUGAUGCGGUGGAUGGGCGGGUGCCGAGGUUGGUGUUGACGGAUCCGGAGGGGAGGCAUUACUCGCUGGAGGAUAUGCGGUUUUCGAUGCAGGGGGCGUUGUCGCGGGUACGAAGGGGGGAUUGA